AUGACUGCUAACAACGAUGCAAUAGUCAAUUCUAUCCAUCAACUAAAAACUCUUCUAUCCCAUGAUGAUAUGCUAAAGGAAAUCGAUUCUCAUCCAUUAAUUAAUCUUCGUGAUCAAUUACAAAAAAUUGAUGAUGAAUGUGACUUAAGAACAAUUGAUGAAAACCAGAAACUUAUGUCUAUUCUUAAUGAUUUUGAAAUAAAUUCCUUUUAUCAUUUUAUCAAACGAUAUUCUUCAAUAAUUCCAUCUACUAUCUUAACAGCCUUGUUCGAUGUAAUUCGUCUUCGGAUGUUUAUAAAUUUGGCAAUUUAUCCAGUGUCAUGUGACUAUUAUUUUGAUUUAUCACUUACUUAUUUAAUUCAUGAUUCGACAAUUGAUUGCCUUAUUUCUAAAACAAAUAUUUUACCAAAUAUAGAUGAAUAUUUUCUCAAUCUUUUUUCUUCUAUUGGUUCACGAUCACUUUAUACAAAAAGAUGCAUUUCUUAUUCAAUAUAUGUUUCACAUAAAAAUAUUCCAACAUUUUUUCAAUUAAAUAAUUCAACCGAACGACUUUUACAAGCAUUUAUAACAUAUUUGAAUAAUUAUUUUUUAAAUAAUCAUCAACAAUCUCAAAGCUAUGUAUCGAUUUUAAAAUGGAUUGUUAAUAUGACAGAUAUUUAUGGAUUUGUUCCUUAUUUUGUUCAGACUGGUUAUCCGAAUGCUGUUCUUCAAUGGAUCUCUAUUGAACAAGAUCAUAUAAAAUAUAUUCCUCUUCAGUCAUGGUUUUUGAUUAUUAAUUUAUUACAUAAUUUAGCUCGGCAUUACAUUGGUGUGAAAGCACUAAAUGGGUUAAACAUGAUUGGCAUUCUAAAGCAAUGGAAAGAACGAUAUAUAUCUGAAUCAUCACUUAUUGAUGAUAAUGAAAACAAUAAAGAUAUUAUUGUAGCUUAUUAUCUUCUUUAUGCAAUAUUAUUGGAACCGAAGGAAUUAAAAAAAGAAAGUAUGUCUAAUAUUCAAACCAUUCUUGAUUAUAUUCUUGAACGAACAAUAAAAGCAUUUGAUUCUGCUGAUCUUUCCUAUGGUCCAUAUAGUGUUUGUGAAUAUUUAGAUGGACUUGCUAAAUUAUUUGUUAAUGAUACAUUUCUUAUUUAUAUUAUUUCACGUGAAAAUAUGUAUGAACUAUUCAUUGAAAAAUUUCUUUUAUUUAAUGCCACAUGUGAAUCAACUGUAGUUCAUACAAUUAUUUGCUCAUCACUCUAUACGAUAUUUUGGUCAAUUAGUUUUCAAUCUGGAUAUAAUACUAAAUUAAAAUCAAAUGAUAAAUUUCUUUCAUUAGUUGAACAAAGAGUAAAAAAUCAAUCAAAUGAUGAAUACAAUUUAUGCAUGAAACGAGCAGCUAAAGGAAUUUUUUUUAAUCUUGAUUAUAUACAAACGGAUGUACAAUCAAUAGAAGAUAAUCAUAAGAAUGAUGAUAACGAUAAUCAAAUUAAAAUUAUGAUUUCUUAUGCACAUAAGGACAUGAAAUUUUGUAAAAAACUUGUUACAAAAAUUCAAGAAUGUUUUCAAGGUGAUAUUUGGGUAGAUUUUAAUAAAUUGUCACCACCAUAUGAAGAUGAUUGGGAAGAAAUUGCUAGAGCAAUAACUGAAUGUGAUGUUAUUGUCAUGAUUGUGACAGAAAAUUAUUGUGGUUCCAAAAGUUGUCGAAGAGAAGUCAUUCAUGCUGAUAAACGUAACAAACGUAUGGUGCCUGUUUAUAUAGGAAAAGAUUAUACAGCAGAAGAUUGGUUUGAAAUUCGUGCUGGUUCUGCAACAUGGGUUCGUUUUGGAGAUAAGAAAAAUGAUGAAGAAGUUAUGGAAAACCUUUUAGGAUUAAUUAAUGUACGAGAUAAAAUUAGGCAAAGUGAUAACCAGCUUGCUUCUUCAAACGAAUCUCAUGUGAAGCGUAAAUCGCAAAUUGAUGCAAAUAAAAUUGUCAAUAUGCAAACUAUUGAAGCAUUAUUACCUGUAAACUCCAAUUCGAUUGUAGAAAUUUCCGACAUACAAUCACAGUCUAAUUCUACAGUAUCAUACGUUAUACCUACUUCUUCAAUCGAACAAUGGACUAGUGAAGAAGUACAGCAAUGGCUUCAUUUACCACCAUCUACCCUUCAACUAUCAUCUGGUCGAGCUUUGCUAACAUAUAUGAAGUUAUUAUCACAUGAAGAUGCACAAUAUGACGAAUACGAACACCGAAUCCGUGAUCAUGGUGUGAGUCGAGAACAAUUUUCUAAUUUAAUAUCAUCAUUUGCAUCUGUUCGUCUAUUGAAUGACGCCAAAACAAUAUCAGCUGAAUUACCUGAUCAAUGGACACGUGAAGAGAUAAAAUAUUGGUUUCAACAAAAUCGUUUAUCCGAUUAUUUAUUAAAUGAAUUGGAUUUUAUCGAUGGAUCUCAAGUUAUGAUGUAUGGAAAAUUAAUUAUUGAUUCACCAAUGCGUAUUGAUGAAGAAUAUAAUCGGUUGAGAAAUAAAAUUGGAAAAGAUUUUUUUCAUCUCAAUGAAUAUAGUCGACUUUUGAGUGCUUUAAAAAAACUUGUCAAUCAAUCAAGAUCAAAAGAAGAGUGUGCUUCAUGCAAUAUUCUGUAG